AGUGGGUGGAAACCAUCUAGUAUGCUAACCUAGCUUUAGUUAACCUGUCUGUUUUUACCAAUCAGUUGUCGUGUUCAACCUUGUUUUCUCCCUCAAUCUUUCGGGCUCGAGAUGGAUAAUGACCAACAGUCCAAAGACAGCUCCGACCGGUUCGACCUGCUCUCUGAGGACGGCAAGAACAGGAAGUCUGUUGUAUGUCAACGCUGCGGGUCCAAGGUGCUGUGCCCAGGGAUGGCUGUGUUUGCAGAGAAAGAGCUGGUCCUGCCAUCCAUGCGGAAAAAGAGCAACCUCAGCACCACAGAGGGCUCAGCGGAUGGGGACACUCUGACUGCCCACUGGUUAGUGGAUGACAUGUACACUUUUGAGAAUGUGGGCUUCACUAAGGACGUGGGGAGAAUCAAGUAUCUAAUCUGUGCAGAUUGUGAGAUUGGACCCAUCGGCUGGCACUGUUUGGAUGACAAGAAAAGUUUCUAUGUCGCUUUGGAAAGGGUGAAUCAUACAUAGUGUAAAUACAUAGUGAAGCCCAGCAGAACUCUAAGAAAAUGUGUUGGCAGGCUUUUCAUGGAUUUACUCCCAGAGUUGACCCUAACCCGACAUAACCAAUCACACACACACACACACACAUUCGAUACAUACUGUACAUACAGAUCUGGGUGUUAUGCGUACAUUAGUGAUGAUAACAGGACCAUGUCACUACUUUUCUUCUUCAUAACACUGAUGACAGUAUGAUCAUCCUGUUCUAAUAAAAAUGUUUUUGGGAAGCUGA